AAGAUCUCUUGACAUUUCUGGAAUUUUUUCAUUCAGGAAACUUGGCGAAAUGAAGACGACGUUUUUAUGUCUGGCGAUUUCGUGCGGGAUCUUGCUCGUGCAAGCAAGAUCACACAUACGAACAAAUGACGAUGAAAAAGCUAUGGAUCGGUUGGUGCAUUUACUGGAAAGUGCAAAGGAUUUAGAAGUCAGAUCUUCAGGAGAGGCGCCAGAAGAACGUAAAUUGAAAGAGGAAGGUAAACGACCAACUCCCCCACCACGUGACAGCGAUGACGAGGGCAGACGCCGCAGACCACCGCCGUCACGUGACGGCGAUAAAAAAGACGCCGAACGACGUGAUGUCUUGAUGCGUUUUCUGGAAAAAGCUGAAGAUUUACAAGUCAGAUCUUCAGGAGAGGCGCCUGAAGAACGUCACUUGAAAGAGGAAGGUAAACGACCGACUCCCCCACCACGUGACAGCGAUGACGAGGGCAGACGCCGCAGACCACCGCCGUCACGUGACGGCGAUAAAAAAGAUGCCGAACGACGUGAUCUCUUGAUGCGUUUUCUGGAAAAAGCUGAAGAUUUACAAGUCAGAUCUUCAGGAGAGGCGCCAGAAGAACGUAACUUAAAAGAGGAAGGUAAACGACCAACUCCCCCACCACGUGACAGCGAUGACGAGGGCAGACGCCGCAGACCACCGCCUUCACGUGAUGAACGAAGAAGAUGGUUUUAGACACAGACCUCCAUAACAUGAUGAGAGCAGACUCGAAUUACUGAAGAUAUUGUUUGUG